AUGGUUCUGUCCUUCAUUCUCGUCCAAAAUCGCCAGGGUAAGACUCGUCUCGCCAAGUGGUACGCUCCUUACACGGAUGAGGAGAAGGUCAAAUUGAAGGGCGAGGUCCAUCGCCUCAUUGCGCCUCGUGAUCAGAAGUACCAAUCCAACUUUGUCGAAUUCCGGAGUGCGCCUUCAUCUUCCUCAUCCGGUGCCAACUCGUCUCACAAUCAACCUCUCGUGCGCCAGAAUUUAUCCUCCACCAAAAUAGUCUACCGGAGGUACGCGGGCUUAUUCUUCUGUGUAUGUGUCGAUGCCAAUGACAACGAGCUGGCAUAUCUCGAGGCCAUACAUUUCUUCGUUGAGGUUCUCGAUCAAUUCUUUGGCAAUGUCUGUGAGCUGGACUUGGUAUUUAACUUUUACAAAGUCUAUGCGAUAUUAGAUGAGGUGUUCCUCGCGGGAGAGAUCGAAGAGACAAGCAAGCAAGUCGUCUUGACGCGGUUGGAACAUCUGGACAAAUUGGAGUGA